AUGGACGCCUCUGCUUUUUCAUUGAUGAUCGAGAAAGGCCAUCAAGCCAUAAAAGAGGCAUCAUCACUACUAUCAUCUUGGUCGGCAUCAUCAUCAAAUGAACAACAAAUAGUUAUUGAUAAUAUUUUAGACAAGCUUGAUGAUGUAUUGGAGUCUCUCCGAAAUGUACCAAACGAACCAGCCAGCUUGACAAGUGACAGCCUUUUUUCACUCAAUUCAUCAUUGAAUGAAAAACAUUUGCAAUGGUUCGAUCUGACUCAACAAGUGAUUCUUUCACAAUGUAAAUUGUAUUUAUUAUUGUUACGCCAAGAUUCAUACAAGAAUGGGGAUUUGAUGAAUACUCUGGAAAUUUUAAUCCGAGAAUUAAUAUCCAUUCAUGAAUGGAUGAAAAGAAGGUGUAUUUCCAUAUUAAGCAAUCCAAACUACAGCAUUGAAAGAAAGAAUGAAAUUCAAACAAAAUUCUUGAAAAAAUCAAUGAAUGAUUGGGAGCAUCAAGUUGCUCCUGUUUUAGAACAAAUUUCACACAUUACCAUUGAGGACGAAUAUGAAAAGGAACUUUCAAAAUAUUUACAAAAUUAUUUAACAGAGGAUGGAAUUUCAAAGGUUUGUGUGAAAAACAAGAACCAACAAGAGGGAAAGACAGUCCUACUAAAUUGUGAAAGCGUGAAUGAUAAGGAAUUAAUUUUUAGAGAAGCUCCAAUUUGUAGUCAAAUUAUUACUGACUCUUCUGAAAAUCCACUUUACAGAAAAAUCGAUCACUGUCAUCACUGUAUGAGAACGAUAUUUAGUGAAAAGACCAUCUCACAAUCACCAUUAUUGCAGAAAGUUCUUUUCGCAACUACUGAUACCAACAAUACGAAUACUACAUCAUCACCCUCUUCAAUUCUUUCUCAAUAUUCACAACAGCAGCAACAUGAGCAACAAAUCUGUGUGAAAACAAAACCCAUUUCUUGCAGUCAUUGCUCUCUCGAAGUUUUUUGCUCUGAAGAAUGUCGAGAUCAAGCAUGGAAACACUAUCAUAGUUUAUUGUGUACAAGAAAUUCCUCAGAGUUGCAGUGUGCCUCCUCCACCAGUGAACAUCCCAUGAUUUUAUUGGAACGUUUGUCUGUCAAGCAAAGUCGCACAGCUCCCUUAAUGAUUGCUAAAAUGAUGGCCUUUGUGGUGAGUGAUGUAUUCAUCAAGCUUGGACUUGCCAAUCAAGAAAAUGACAACAACAUUGUCGAUAUUUUACAUCAAUUAACACCACAAGUGAUUGAAACACAACUCUCCAAAUCGAUGCAUGUGUUUCAGAGAUUUGUUCAACAUGAAGCAACUCAUCCAUUUGACACACUCGCUGUUCAACUCAUUCGAGAGUCCAUGGAGUUGUCAUUGAAUCACCUCCCUUCCAACAUGGGUAUUAUCACCAAGCAAGAACAAGAAAAUUUGGUUGAAUAUUUGAAACAUCACCAAGAUUUGUCAACAAGUCCACUCGUGAGACAAGUGGUAGAAAUGAUCAGCGAUGUUAGACACUAUCGCUCUCUUCAUGGAUUAAUUCUUCAAAAUUGCUCCACCAUUCAUCCCAUCACAGAUAUUCAUCUCAUUGCUCAUGAAAAUUCAACAUUUUCUGAACAAAUUUGCCAGGCUCUAAAUGUGAAAAAUUUCCAACAACAAGCCACUCGUAAGAAUGAACUGUUACAACUUUCAAUGAAAGGAAUGGGAGCUUUUGCCAUUCAUAAUUGUAUGAAUCAUAGUUGUGAACCUACUGCUGUGAGUGUCUCUGAUCAGAACAAUCAUGUCUUGAGUGUUUAUGCACAUCAUGAAAAUGGAUUGAAAAAGAUGGACGAAAUUCUCAUUAGUUAUGUCGAUGAAAAUGCACCCUAUGAAGAGAGAAAGAGAAAAUUAUUAGAACAAUACAAGUUUGAAUGUCAUUGUCCUAAAUGUGAAAGAGAAUCGAAAAAGUAA